GGGCCGUGGGACCAGGCGCCCGAACUGGUUGCACAGGACCCGAGCCCCGGGGCCCCUCGGUGCAAACUGCUCCCCAUUCGCCUCCGAACAAGGGCAAGGGCGCAGGGAUCCCCUAAAGAAAGCCGGACAAGGAGGACAGUGCAGUUGGGUCUCGGGACUCCGUCCCCUGUCCCCUACGGAGCUGCUGGCGGGGGCGGGGGUAGGUGGCGGGUCUGGGCCCUGUCUUGAUCACAGCGCCCCCUCGCGGCCCCGAGCCAGGCGUGUCCCGCGGGCCGUGGGCUCCCGCCUUGCGGAAGGAGGGACCCGUGUCUGCGGGGCGGGGACUCGGGGACCUCUGCGGGCCCGGCUGUCCCAGGUGCGGGCCCUUCGCGGCGCAGCUGGCCAGGCUCCCGCAGUGUCGGCGCCGCCCAUGGCCGAGGUGCUCCAGCCAGACCCCGGGGCGGCCGAGGGCGCGGCGGCCCAAGCGGUGGAGACGCCGGGCUGGAAACCCCCGGAGGACGCGGGCCAGCCUGGAAGUUAUGAGAUCCGACGCUAUGGCCCAGCCAAGUGGGUCAGCACUUCCGUGGAGUCUAUGGACUGGGAUUCAGCCAUCCAGAAGGGCUUUGCAAAACUGAACGACUACAUCCAAGGCAAAAAUGAGAAGGAGAUGAAAAUAAAGGUGACAGCUCCCGUGACAAGCUAUGUGGAACCGGGUUCAGGUCCGUUUAGCGAGCCUACCAUCACCGUUUCCCUGUAUAUCCCCUCUGAGCAGCAAUUUGAUCCACCCAGGCCUUCAGAGUCAGAUGUCUUCAUUGAAGACAGAGCUGAAAUGACCGUGUUUGUACGGUCUUUUGAUGGAUUCUGUAGCGCUCAAAAGAAUCAAGAACAACUCUUGACAUUAGCAAACAUUUUGAGGGAAGAAGGAAAAGUGUUCAAUGAAAAGGUUUACUACACUGCAGGCUACAACAGCCCUUUUGAAUUGCUUAAUAGAAAUAAUGAAGUGUGGUUGAUUCAGAAAAAUGAACCCUCCAAAGAGAAUGAAUGAGAAAAUGAAAAAAAGUUUCAUCGCGGGGGAGAACUUCUAAUAUAGACAUCAGUGCUGCUGAUAAGUGUCCAUGUGGCCCUUCCAGCUUGAGAGUCCUAUGUGAAUUCAGCUUCUUUCCAUUGUGCCUUUUUAAUGCUUGAUGCUUCCCCUGGAUGCACAGGUAACAGGGGACAUUAGGUCUACAGACACAUGAAAAUCAGUCAUCUAUUUCUGUGAGGAUCCAGGGAAAUGUCCCUUUCUUCCCUUUUCUUUGCUAUAGCACCAUCAAGUUGCCUUUUUCUGCUUGGAUUUAUGUCAGUUGAAUGUGAUCUCUUCCAGAUAACAUCAAUAAAAAUGUUGAAGAUUAAUUUUUUUUUUUUUAGAGACCGAGUCUCACUUUAUUGCCCUUGGUAGAGUGCUGUGGUGUCACAACUCAUAGCAACCUCCAACUCCUGGGCUUAGGCAAUUCUCUUGCCUCAGCCUCCCCAGUAGUUGGGACUACAGGCGCCCGCCACAAUGCCCGGCUAUUUUGUUGUUGUUGUUGCAAUUUGGCCGGGGCCGGGUUCGAACUGGCGCCCUAUCCACUUAGCCACAGGCGCCGCCCUUGAGGAUAAUCUGGUGUGGAAAUACCAGGCUGUCAAGCCUGAAGAGGUGAAAUUCAGUUGGACACAAAAAUCAAACUGUCUUUUGAGGCUGUCAGUGCUACAUUCCCUGUUGAACCCUCGUCCCCCUCUGCCCACUGCCUGCACUGCACAAGGCAACUCUCACCCAAAAGAGUUAGUCAACCUCUUGUGACAGAUAAUAAUAAGCUUAUGAAGUUAGGCACUUCCUAUCUUAUUUGGCACAAUAAAGGCAUGUUUUUUGAAAAAAUGUACACAAACAUAAAAUUCACUUGAAUUUUUAAAGUAUUUAAUGUAGUAGUAAGGGUUUGCAGGGACUAUAGGAAUUCAACCAACUUGAACAGUCAGCCCAUGUUGCAGCUUUUUUUUUUGUUUGUGAGGCGUGUGGCUACCCAGCUGACUAGAACUAGCCCCUGAUAGCCUCUGGCAGUUAAUAGGUGAAGUCAAAUGAACCGUCCUCUUUACCAUGUUAAAGUCAUUACCGUAACAAGCAAUCUGUGAUUCAUCAGGCCUGUUCCUUUGUGAGUCUUUGGAUGGAUUCUGUAGCCCCUAAAAGAAUCAAGAACAGCUCUUCUUUUUUUUUUUCUUUUUUGAGGCAGAGUCUCACUUUAUCGCCCUCGGUAGAGUGCGGUGUCAUCACAUAGCUCACAGCAACCUCUAACUCCUGGGCUUAGGUGAUUCUCUUACCUCAGCCUCCCAAGUACCUCGGACUAUAGGUGCCCGCCACAACACCCAGCUAUUUUUUUGUUGCAGUUUGGCCAGAGCUGGGUUUGAACCUGCCACCCUCAGUAUAUGGGGCCGGCGCCCUACCUACUGAGCCACAGGCGCUACCCAAGAACCACUCUUGACAUUAGCAAACAUUUUUGCUAGAUCCUCUCCCCUACAUGGGACAACACAUCUUUUUCUCUGUUGCCCCAUAAAAACGCCAUAGCCACUUUCCCUCAGUGAAACAUGCUUUGGAGACUAUUCCCAAAGCUCUCCUUCCUUUCUGUAAGUAAUAAGACUAUUGAUCAAGACCCACGUUCUGGAAUAUUGUUUGUUGCUUACCUGGUGAAUGAACCCUGAUCUUUUGGGCAACAAAUCAUUCUUCAGGCUUAGCGCCCAUAGCUCAGUGAGUAGGGUGCCAGCCACAUAACACCAAGGUUGGUGGGUUCGAGCUUAGCCCUGGCCUGCUAAAUAGCAAUGACAACGGCAACCAAAAAAAAAAAA